CUCGAGGUCACAAGCACUUGAAAGUUGCCAGCGUAGCUAAGAGAGCGCACACAGUGUCGCCGAACUUCCCUCAGUGGAGUGCCCCUGACGGGGCUUUCCAGAAGCCGAGCAUCUCCAGCCUGGCGCCCUCAGGCCUCCGCUCUCCGCGGGCGGACUCCCAGCUGUGGAGACCUGCUGCUGCCUGCAGCGGUUUCACUUCCCGGGCGGAAGAGCGCCCCGCCUCCCCAGGGCCUCUCUCCACCCCGCCGCCGCGGCUCCGGCUCCCGGCGACACGCUGCGAGCCGGCCCGGGGCUCAUCCGCCGCCGGGGCGAGGCCUAGACGGGGGCCCUUACCGGGCCGGCCUCCGCGGGGCCCCGGGGCUGCCGAGGGGACUCUCCGGGUGGCCGCCCCUCCUCCGGCUCCCCAGAGAAACGCGCGGCCGGAAGCAAGCCCCGGCGGUGGGCGGUGCCUGCGGGCGGCCCCGCGGUGCGCUCGGGCCGCCGGCCUGGACCUGGGUUCCCGCGGCGGCGCCCAUUCCCCCGCCGCGCCCGCCCGCCGCCCCCGCACCACCGAGAGCGGCGGCGGGAGAGCCAUGCCUCGCCUGUGCCUGCGCCUCCGCCUGCCGCUGCUGCUGCUGCUGCUGCUCCUGCCGCGCCCGGGCGCGCCGGAACCAGGCGACGACGCGAGCCCGCCGGACGGGGCCCAGGAGCCCCUCCGCGGCCUGCGCGAGCGGCUGAGGACGGCCGCGGCGCUCUCCCGACGGUACUGGGCGCUCCUGCGCUGCCGCGUGUGGCCCGAGGACUGUGAGCGCGCCGAGGAGGCUGGCGCGGGGCUCCUGGGCUGGAGCCUUCCCCUGUUGGGCCAGCAGUACCUGGACAUCCUGACCUCGUGGUACUGCAGCUUCCAGGCCUGCUGCAACAGUGGGGACUGCAGGAUCUCCAACAACUUCACAGGCCUGGAAUCGGACCUAAGUGUGCGACUGCACGGCCAGCAUCUGGCUCGGGAGCUGGUCCUGACCACGGUGAAGGGCUACUUAGAGCUGCCCCAGCCAGGAAAGGCCCUGGCCCUGUCGUUCCACGGCUGGUCCGGCACAGGCAAGAACUUUGUGGCGCGGCUGCUGGCAGAGAACCUGUACCGGGAUGGGCUGAGGAGCGACUGCGUCAAGACGUUCAUCGCCACCCUACACUUUCCUCACCCGAAGUACAUGGACCUGUACAAGGAGAAGCUAACAAGUGAGAUCAAGGAAACACAGGAGCGCUGCCACCAGACCCUGUUCAUCUUCGAUGAGGCUGAAAAGCUACAUCCGGGACUGCUAGAGGCCCUUGGGCCACACCUGGCACACCAGACCCCCAAGAACCACAGGGUCGAGUCCCCGAAGACCGUCUUUCUUUUUCUCAGUAACCUUGGAGGCAAUACCAUCAAUGCAGCUGUCCUGAAUCUGCUUCAGGCUGGAGGGACCCGGGAAGAAAUCAAGCUGGACCAGCUGGCGCCCCAGCUCCAGGCUGAGAUUGCAGAGUCCACAGACACUGGCUUUGGCCACAGCUGUCUUGUCAAGGAAAAUCUGAUUGACUUCUUCAUCCCCUUCCUGCCACUGGAGUACCGCCACGUGAGGCUGUGCGCACGAGACGCUUUCUUGAGCCAGGGACUCCCGUACACAGAAGCAGCCCUGGACCAAAUUGCCAAGAUGAUGGUGUAUCUCCCCAAGGAGGAACAACUCUUCUCUUCUCAGGGCUGCAAAUCUAUUUCUCAGAGAAUUAGCUAUUUCCUCCCUUGAGGGCUAGAGGAGGACUUCCUGCAACUGCCUGCCUUUCACCAGUGGGACGCUAGGGUGGGUCACGGCACUGUCUGGGACUCGAAGGGCAGGAGGGGUAGGCUGGCCUCCAGCCAUCACUGACACACAAAACAUGUGUAAAAAGGAAGGCCUUAAAUCAGAAACAGAGCCAACACUUUUUAUCACUUGGUGCCUUAAGGAGCCACAUUCCAAAACGUGGGCCAGGUGGUUGGAGAAGGCCACAGGCCAGACGGAGUCCCAAGGCCUCGCUAGCAUCUCCACUCUUGCCUGCAGAUGCCUGGACUUGGGUGUUGAGGCUGGAGGUCCCAGGGUCCUCCCUGACAGGGAAAGGAGAAUCAAGUUCUGCUUAGCAGCUGCCAGGCUCACCUCAGGUGUGCAGGCUGGGGGCUUAGCUUUCCAGUUGUUCCAAGAGGGAAGCUGAGCAGCUUCUGUCUCUGAGCAGAUCAGGAGAGAGCCUCAGGCUAAAGGAAAAGUACACAGAGGAAUAAUUUUGUAUAAUAUAUAUGAUGUCAUUGGAGGUUAAGACUUGCUCUCUUAGAUUUAAAAGAAAAAUCUAAGUAAGGCGCUUUGACAUGGCUGUGUCACGUGUAAAGAUUAAAGUUUGUAUUUUUCUAAAA